ACUUUGGCUUCCAGUAAAGAGCACCUUCGCUCCUUGUAAAUUUCGCAAUUGUCACUUUGUCAUCACUUUCACUUGGCUCUCUCUCUCUCUCUCUCUCUCUCUAGGAAAUGGCAUGAAUUCCAGUUCCUAACUAUUACUACUUUCACUAUUUGUAACAUUCUCAUCACGCGUUUCCUUCACUUUCUCGAGAAAAUCUAGCAAAGGGCAGUAGUAACAAUAUAGGCAUGUACAAGAACCAACUGCAAGAGUUGGCUCAAAGAAGCUGCUUCAAUUUGCCAUCUUAUUCAUGUAUAAGGGAAGGACCAGAUCAUGCCCCUCGAUUCAAAGCUACUGUCAAUUUCAAUGGGGAGACUUUUGAAAGCCCUAGUUUUUGCUCUACUUUGAGGCAGGCAGAACAUGCGGCUGCCGAGGUAGCUCUUAACACACUUGCAAGUAGAGGUCCUUCCAGAGCACUGGCUGCUAGAGUCCUGGAUGAAACUGGAGUUUACAAGAAUUUGCUUCAAGAGACUGCUCACAGAGCUGGUUUAAAGCUUCCAGUGUAUACCACCGUUCGUUCAGGGCCUGGCCAUGUUCCUAUUUUCUCAUGCACAGUUGAACUUGCGGGAAUGAGCUUUACCGGGGAGCCAGCUAGGACCAAGAAACAAGCUCAGAAGAAUGCAGCAAUGGCUGCUUGGUCUGCCCUAAAAAGAUUGGUUCAACAUGGCUCGUCCUCUGGUUCAUCAUCUUCUUCUUCUGUGGAGAAUAAAAAGGGCACUGAAGAACAAGAACAAGUCGUAAUUGCUCGUUUUCUUGCAUCUCUACAACCAUCAGACUGGAAUAACCACAAGCAAAGUGAUUUUAAACGUGGGCCGGAGAGAUUUGCCCCUAUAUGCAAGGACUUGACCACUCCAAUACUAAGCUUAUAUCCUAUGCAGUGCCAAAACUGGGCUUAUCCUAGCUUUUCUCCUGAAAUGGCCAUAUACCACAUGUGGCAGCAAGAACAAUUGCUGCAGCUGCACCACCAUUUACUGGCACUUCAGGUUCCACCAGCUCCUCCUCCCAGUCCUCAAAUUCUUCCAUAUAUGCAGUCUAUACUUCCCCAAGAUUCUCAUCUGUUUGUUCCUGUAAGGGAGCAAGAACCAGUACCUGUAGGGCCCAGAAUUACAAUGGCGACCUCAGGACCGUUAUUGUGCUACUCAGAUAAUGUGGCCUCUGAUCCAAUCAGGGGGAAGUCCACAGUUACCAUCCGGGAGAUACAUGAGGAGAAAACAGAAGAAUUAUCUGAGUGCUCUCCAUCAAUGGUUCCAGAUCCCUCUGUUCUCUGCAACUUCAAGACUGAUGCAAGAUUUCAGGAGCCCAAUCAUGAGGAUGACAAAGAUAAAAAUGGUGCACUAGAAAAAGUUAAAGGUUUUCAACUAGGAGAGAACCGAAACGAGCAAUUUGAGCAGGCUUCCCAUAGGAACAUGGAUUCAGGAUACACACACAUGGACUUUCAAGUUCAAAACCCACAUGGUUUUGUCUCUUCCCAUUCUACUUCACAAUAUAUCCGAAGACCAAGUUCGACAAGCUGUAGAUCCCCUCCUGCAUCGAUCAGAAAUGUGGAGCUUAGACCUUCAUCUGCAGCUCCUCCUGUACGGAUCAGAAAUAUGGGGCCUGUUUGUUCAGUACCCAGACCACAAGAUUUGGCAGCACAAAUUCCGGUGCCACCAAGAAUGAGAAGUGGAGCUCCUUUAAAUUCAACCAGACCCCAGCCACAAAGAAUGGACUUUGGAGGAAUGCAUCCACGUUUCAUGGCACCAGCAGUCCGAAUAAGAUCAGUUGUGCCAGUCUGUUCUGCUCCACCAGUAAGGAAAAUGACAACUGCUGCGCAAGAGGGAGCAUCACAUAAUAAAGAGAAGAAAGAUACAGUACCUAAAGAUGUCUCAACAGCAAGUUCAGAGCUUGGCAAGCUUAGAAUAUGAGCAACAGUAUAGACACUAGAUAAAUCAUCUUAGCUUUUCUUCUUUUUGGCAAUUGAAUUUAUGGUGGUGUUUGGGCACCCAAUGAUUUGUAAUCAAUAUAAGGGGGAGCUGUUAUAUAUAUGUAUAAAUUUAUAUUUGCAAGUCAUAUUCUUUAAGCUUAAUCAGGAUUGAUUCUCCCCAAUUAAUUAUAAUAUGUUUAUACUGAAA